AGUCGGCCUCUGGGUAGGCGGAACUGAGAAGGAAGAGAAGAUGGCGGCGUGAGGAGUUUGGGCUACCGCCGCGGCUUUGGCCGCGGCUGCUGGCAGCCCCCAGCCUUGAGGUUGGCCAGCCCUGGUCAACGGCCUGCUAGUCUGACAGCACAGAGGUUCCUCAUCCUAGGCAGAACAAUUUUUCUACACUUGGGAUGUUUGUAUUGUCCUCAUCUAGAAAGAAAAAUAGAAUCCAGAGCUCAGGAUUUAGUGGGGAGACAGACUUCUGAAAUCAUUGAAAGAAUACUUUCAAGAUGAGCUCAAGAAAGAAAAUGAAACUCAGCAGGAUCAUUCAGAAAUGAUACGAAGUGAUCAUCCUGGGUCUAACAGACAGAAGAAAUAUCAAAAGGAGAAUUUCUUAACUGUCGAAGAGGCAACGGAGCCAUCCAAAGACAACCAGAAUAAGCCAAUUUGCUCUGAAGGAAAUAAAAUGGAAGGUGAUACUCUUUUAAAUAUCUCUUCAGGAGGAAAGAGGCCUCGUAUUAGGGAUGAUUCAUCCAAAUCAAAGAAAAGGAAAAUGAUAUUCACAACACCGAAUUUUAAGAAGAUUCAUGAGGCUCAUUUUAAGGAAAUGGAAUCUAUUGACAAAUAUAUUGAUCGAAAAAAGAAACGUAUAGAAAUCCUUAACAACUCAGUGAAGGAACUAAAGAUGUUAGCUAAAAAAGCUAACUUGACAGGAACUCCCAAUAAUUCCAAGCAAAGUUCAUCUAACAUGAUGGUAUUAAGCCCAGUUCCUAAGAGAGGCAGGCCUUCUACCUUCACACCUGCCAGUCCACGACGCUCACUUCGCACAUCUCUUGGGACUGCAAAUCGAAGUAUCUUGUGUCAGAAACUGUUCAAGCCAUCUACCCUCUCAACUAACAAAAUGAAUGUCAGGUUCACUGAGGCUACUAAAGAUAAUGAACAUAAACGCUCCCUGACCAAGACUCCUGCCAGAAAGUCUCCCUACAUGGGCUUGGUGGACACCCAGCCUAAAUGCCAGACUGUCCUUGGGAAGAACAAUGAAAAGGAAGCCAGCCAAGUCAAGGCUGAACACACUCUGGCAGUUACCCCAUUCAAGUUUACAGCUGAAGCAACCCAGACUCCAGUCAGUAAUAAGAAACCAGUAUUUGAUCUCAAAGCAAGUCUUUCUCGUCCUCUUAGCUAUGAGCCGCACAAAGGGAGGCUAAAACCAUGGGGGGAAGCAAAAGAAAAUAUUUCCCUGAAGGAGACAGCAAAAAGAAUUGACUUCCACAAAAAAACUUACAAACAACCACAUCUCCAGACCAGAGAAGAUCAACGAAGGAAACAUGAGCAGAAAAGGAAAGUGAAGAAAGAUUGCAUUCUUGGAAGCCGAAGAGGCCUAGUUAUGCUUCAAGACUAACAAUCUGCCAAUUCCACUGUAGAUAUUGUGAAACUUUCAUACUUCUGUACAUAUUUCUGUAUUUGUUUUAUCAUUGUAAAUUCCGUCCAGCCUGUCUUACUUAUUCUGUUCUUAGUCCUACUUAUUAUAGACAUCUCUUUGGAGCUUUCAUUUUAACCUGCUAUUUACCUACAUCAGUGAAACAAUGAUACUAUCAAUUCACAAAUGUUUCAUUUAUAAACUCUGGCAGAUUAUCUCAAAUGGUCUUUACCUAACUCUUUUCUAUUUAAAAGUACAUCCAAAACUAGAUUUUGACGGUCAUGUUCUUCUCCUAGUCCUAGGGUUUCAAAUAACUUGCAUAAGCUUUUUCAUAUUGUAAAUAAUGGUACAAAAGGAGAAGGUAGAAUAGAAGGCUUCUAGAGCACCUAAUAACUAAGUUAGUGGCAGUCUAAAAAAGUCAAGCUUUUUAAAGUUUUCUUAGAUUUGUCCUUGGGUAAAUAUGGUCUCUAUAAAUGCAUAUUCAUUACUAAUUUGUUAUUAGAUGGCAUCAUCCAUAUUUACACCCUGAAUACUUUCCAGUUUAAAGCAAAAGGAUCAUGCUUAUAAGAGUCUAUUACAUGCUUGUGUUAUUUAUGUUUUUAAGAUCAUUGCGCUCUAUAAUCUAGUCUCUUAUUCAAAGAAUGUCAAAGACUACAGUUGCUUAGAAUUGUACCUAUUUGUUGACUUUCAGAACUUUACAUCUGGCACUGUCUCUAUCAGAUUAAGACAGUAUACCUAAACUAACCUACUAAAAAUUUUCUGUUAGGAAAAUUUUUAUAAAUUAAAACUGAACAUUUGUUCUCUCUUGA